AUGAUCUCACCACUGAUUCUGGUGCUUUUACUGGCAGGUGUGGGAAGUUGUCAUGGUCAGCUGACAGUCUUGCAAACUCCAAGGAACCAUGGACCUUGCUUUCCAAGCCCAUGUUGGAACCAGGGUAUUUGUAGUGUUGUCGAUGGCAAGCCAAGUUGUGCCUGUAAGCCGGGGUUCACGGGACCAUUCUGCAAAGAAAUGGUGGUAGAUCUGCAAUGUGAGGAAGAGUUCAUGAUGAUGAUGGUGAGAAAGGAAGUGUUUGAAAUGUUCAAUAUCCCCUUGGCGUUGGUCCAUCUGAAGAACAGCACCUGCAAAGUCUCUGAGCAAGAUGAAGGUGGUGCGGCAUUCUUCGGAGCAAAGCUGACUAAGGAGAAUCACACCACAUGUGGCUCUCUGAUUCAGGUCAAUGGCUCUCACGUGUCUUACGCCAAUGAGAUUCAAACAGAUAGAGAGGACGACGGCGUGAUCACAAGGACCAUUGCUCUAAACGUGCAGUUCUCCUGUAUCUACGCCUACACGCGUGUGGUUGGUUUGCAAAACCCACUCAGAGCUGUGGACACGCUUGUGCAGUUUGCGGUGAAGGAAGGGGACUUCAUGGUGACCAUGGCGCUGUAUGACAGCCCCAGCUAUGCUCAGGCCUACUCCCAGCAGCGCUUACUUUCCCUCCUCCUGACAGACUCCCUUUACGUCCUUCUGCAAAUCGAAGGGCAGCAGCAGGUGAAGUACUUCUUCCUGAGCGUGGAGGACUGCUGGGGCACUCCGAGAAGUGAACCGGACCACAGCCUAAAGCACCACCUGAUUAUGAAAGGGUGUCCCCAUGACAAGACCGUGACCUUGCUCAAUGACAUUGGCACCAGCACCGUGGCAAAGUUCAGUUUUCAGAUGUUCCAGUUCAAAAACUUCACGGAGGUGUACCUCCACUGUCAGGUGCGCCUGUGCAUUCCAGAAAACCAAGAGCCCUGUGCCAAGCAAUGUCCCAGUAAGUCGAAACGCAAAAGAGCGAUGGAUAAUGACUACAGUAAGAUAGUCUCCUACGGACCUAUUCGCCUCCUGGCCCCUGCUUCCUUGCAAACACGGAACACGAAGCCCAAUGGUAGCCAAGAAUCUCCUCCAUGGGACCUACAGUUCUGGAUCCCCGGUGCAGUGGUUUCGGCAGGCAUCGGUAUUGCUGUCAUUUUGACUGCUGUAGCCAAAGCCAUGAAGAAAUGA